CACUGACAUGACUUGGCAUACAUGCUGUGUCUGUUUAAGUCAUUGCAACUUACAGGCCUUUCAGACAACACCGGCAUCACGUGACAGUCAUUCGUCUCCGCGGUGAGACCUCGGUCAGAGGAACAUCGGAGCACCGGCCCACCGUAGACAAGCUGUGUGAUGCCGUAUUGGCCUGACGAGGACUUAUUGGUCGGCUGUCAAAAUCGGUGGGCAGAAAACACAACAUAGGUUGCACUGGUGGUUUCCAAAAACGAGGAGGGAAGCUGCUAGGUGGUCAUCACCAGGCAGGCCCUGAGACAUCAUGGCGGACCACAAAGAAACCAUGAAGCUGAAGGGCAGCCCGGGCCCUGCCUCUCAUCCAUCCGAGACGCCCAAGGAGAGCAUGCAACUGAAGAAGGAGAUCUCGCUCCUGAAUGGGGUCAGCCUGAUUGUAGGGAACAUGAUCGGCUCGGGGAUCUUCGUCUCCCCCAAGGGUGUGCUUAUCUACACUGCCUCUUUCGGGUUGUCAUUGGUAAUCUGGGCCUUAGGGGGCUUGUUUUCCGUGGUGGGGGCCCUUUGCUACGCUGAGUUGGGUACCACCAUUACUAAGUCGGGGGCCUCUUAUGCAUACAUCCUGGAGUCAUUCGGUGGGUUCAUCGCGUUUAUUCGACUGUGGACAUCAUUGUUGAUUAUUGAGCCCACAAGUCAGGCGGUCAUAGCCAUUACUUUUGCCAACUACCUGGUGCAGCCCCUCUUUCCCACCUGUGAGCCGCCCUACGUGGCAGCAAGACUAAUAGCUGCAGCUUGCAUAUGCUUACUGACCUUCAUCAAUGCUGCAUAUGUCAAGUGGGGCACUCGGGUGCAGGACAUUUUUACCUAUGCCAAGGUGGCAGCACUUAUAGUCAUCAUCAUCACUGGCAUUGUAAAGCUAUGGCAGGGGUACACGACCAACUUUGAUUCAUCCUUCCAGGGAUCCUCCACAGAUCCAGGGGACAUCGCACUUGCACUUUACUCUGCCCUCUUCUCCUACUCUGGGUGGGACACCCUCAACUUUGUCACAGAGGAGAUCAAAAACCCUGAAAGGAAUCUGCCUCUGGCCAUUGCCAUCUCCAUGCCGAUAGUCACCGUUAUUUACAUCCUGACCAAUGUGGCCUAUUACACUGUGCUGGACAUUAGCUCUAUACUGGCCAGUGAUGCUGUGGCAGUCACAUUCGCAGAUCACACUCUAGGGGUCAUGAGUUGGACCAUCCCCAUCGCUGUGGCCUUGUCCUGCUACGGAGGCCUCAACGCCUCCAUCAUAGCUGCAUCCAGGUUGUUCUUUGUGGGCUCUCGUGAGGGGCACCUGCCAGACACUCUGUCCAUGAUCCACAUAGAGAGAUUCACGCCUAUCCCCGCUCUUCUUUUCAAUUGUAUCAUGGCGUUGAUUUAUCUGACAGUGAAGGAUGUGUUCCAGCUGAUCAACUACUACAGUUUCAGCUACUGGUUCUUCAUGGGACUGUCCAUUGCUGGCCAGAUCUACCUCCGCUGGAAAGAGCCUGACAGACCCAGACCACUAAAGUUGACCUUGUUGUACCCAGUGGUAUUUUGUCUGUGUGCUGUUUUCCUGGUGGCGGUGCCUCUCUACAGUGACACCGUCAACUCUCUGAUCGGCAUUGCCAUCGCCCUGUCAGGGGUGCCUGUCUACUUCCUGGGCGUUCAUCUGCCUGAGUCCAAACGCCCGCCCUUUAUCACCAAGCUCCUCCGUUCCAUCACUCAUUUCACCCAGUAUACCUGCUUCUGUGUGCUCACAGAGAUGGACAAAAGCGAGUAG